UUCCAUGGGGGAGAAAUUCUGGAACAUUGACGCGUUCUUGAAUUUGAAAACGGAACUCCGAGUCUGAUAGCAUUGCUAAAAAUGCACCGCCGCUUUCGCCCAACAUGUUUCAUCUUCAACGAUCAAAACCCAUUACUCAAAGUCCCAUUUUCCGUUUCAAAUUCCCGAAUUUUCCCGCCACCCAAUCAAGACUGUUCAACACGCUUUCAUCUCUGUUCAGUCGAUGCAAAUCUCGUCAACAGCUCCAGCAAAUUCACGCCAGGUUCGUCCUCCAUGGUUUCCACCAAAACCCAACUCUCUCUUGCAAACUCAUUGAUUGCUAUGCGAAUUUUGGACUCCUUAAUCUCUCUCACCAUGUUUUCAAUUCUAUAAUCGAUCCCAAUUCGACUCUUUACAAUGCUAUUCUGAGAAAUUUGACUAGAUUUGGGGAAUAUGAGCGCACCCUGUUGAUGUACCGAGAAAUGGUUGGUAAGUCCAUGCACCCGGAUGAACAAACUUACCCUUUUGUUUUGCGAUCAUGUUGUUGUUUGUCACAUGUUGAAUUUGGGAAGAACAUUCAUGGGUGUUUGAUUAAGCUUGGUGUUGAUUCUUAUGAUACGGUUGUUACUGUUCUGGCUGAGAUGUACGAAAAGUGCAUUGAUUUUGAGAAUGCCCACCAACUGUUUGAUAAAAUGUCUGUGAAGGAUUUGGACUGCUGGAGUUCAUUGAUGUCAGAGGCGCCUCAAAAUGGUAAUGGGGACGAUAUUUCCCUGCUCUUUGGGAGGAUGAAAUCAGAGCCAAUAGUGACAGAUUCACUCACAUUUAUCAAUCGCUUGAGGUCUGUUUCGGGUUUAAGUUCAAUUCAGCUUGCAAAAAUUGUUCAUUGUAUUGCAAUUGUGAGCAACUUAUGCGGAGAUUUGUUGGUAGAUACUGCCGUGUUGUCUCUUUACUCCAAGUUAGGUAGCUUAGUAGAUGCUCGCAAGUUAUUUGAAAAAAUGCCUGAAAAGGACCGUGUUGUAUGGAAUAUAAUGAUAGCAGCUUAUGCUCGAGAAGGACGACCAAUGGAAUGUCUCGAGCUUUUCGAGUCCAUGGCACGAUCCGGGAUUAGAGCCGAUCUAUUUACUGCGCUUCCUGUUAUCUCUUCGAUUUCACAGCUGAAACGUGCUGAUUGGGGCAAACAAACCCAUGCCAACAUAUUGAGAAAUGGUUCAGAUAGUCAAGUUUCAGUUCAUAACUCUCUCAUAGACAUGUACUGCGAGUGUAACAGCUUAGAUUCAGCUUGUAAGAUCUUCAACUCGGUCACAAACAAGACUGUAAUUUCAUGGAGUGCUAUGAUCAAGGGGAAUGUCAAACAUGGUUAUCCUCUCAUUGCUUUGUCUCUGUUCUUCAGGAUGAAAUCGGAUGGGAUUCAAGCUGAUUUCAUUACAGUGAUCAAUAUCAUGCCUGCAUUUGUUGACAUAGGAGCACUUGAAAAUGUAAAAUAUUUACAUGGGUACUCAUUGAAGCUAGCCCUGACUUCCCUGCCAUCCCUUAACACAGCCCUCCUAAUCACCUAUGCAAAAUGCGGGUGUAUAGACAUGGCCCAGAGGCUAUUUGAGGAAGAGAGAGUUGAUGACAAAGAUUUGAUAAUGUGGAACUCCAUGAUCAGUGCUCAUGCCAACCAUGGAGAUUGGUCUCAAUGUUUCAAGCUCUACAGUCAAAUGAAGUGCUCGAAUUCAAACCCAGAUCAGGUAACAUUUCUUGGACUACUAACAGCGUGCGUCAACUCCGGUCUCGUCGAAAAGGGAAAGGAGUUUUUCAAGGAGAUGAUUGAAAGUUAUAGCUGCCAACCAAGUCAAGAACAUUAUGCUUGUAUGGUUAAUCUCUUAGGGAGAGCUGGGCUUAUCAAUGAAGCUGGAGAACUUGUAAGAAACAUGCCGAUCAAACCCGACGCUCGAGUUUGGGGUCCAUUGUUGAGUGCUUGUAAGUUGCAUCCUGGGUCUAAGCUUGCGGAGUUUGCGGCCGAGAAGCUCAUUGAUAUGGAGCCGAAAAACGCAGGGAAUUACAUAUUGCUUUCGAACAUAUAUGCUGCUGCUGGUAAAUGGGAUGGAGUGGCUAAAAUGAGAAGUUUCCUUAGGGAUAAAGGGCUGAAGAAGACCCCUGGUUGUAGUUGGCUGGAGAUCAAUGGCCGUGUAGCCGAGUUUCGUGUCGCUGAUCGAACUCAUCCGAGAGCCGAAGAUAUCUAUGCCAUUCUGGGGAACCUUGAACUUGAUAUCAAGGAGGCUAAAGAAAUGAGUCCAGAAAAACUGGGUACUCUUCUAUAACACUUCUGCAUCCUUUUUUUUUUUUAUAAAUGUGUUAAGAAUUGAGAAAUACCAAUCGAGUAUCCCACCAACCACAACUUCCUGCUUUCAACCGCUUCCAAACCAUCGUCAUUGCUUCCGAACCUUAAGCAACCACUACUAGUCCUAAAGUCACAAAUUACAGUCCCCGACUAGUCCAUACAUCACCGCAAGUCGCAAGUCUGUGAGUCUAGCAUUAACAACUACAACUUCCUACUUUCAACAGCUUCCAAACCAUCGCCAUUGCUUCCGAACCUUAAGCAAUCACUACUAGUCCUAAAGUCACAAAUUACAGUCCCCGACUAGUCCAUACAUCACUGCAAGUCGCAAGUCUGUGAGCCUAGCAUUAACAACCACAACUUCCUACUUUCAACAGCUUCCAAACCAUCGCCAUUGCUUUCGAACCUUAAGCAACCACUACUAGUCCUCAAGUCACAAAUUACAGUCCCCGACUAGUCCAUACAUCACCGCAAGUACCAAGUCUGUGAGCCUAGCAUUACCACUACUAUUGCAAUAGUCCCACUAGCUUCUAUUGGUACUCAACUCUUCCGCAAACCAACCAUGUUUAAGGAAGGAUUUUUCUGUCAUGACUUUAGAUCCCAACUUUAGAUCCCACUUGGGCUUUUGAUCCCACCUAGGUUUGUUGCACUUUCAAUCCCAAUUCCAUUUUUCAUUCUUAACAAAAUGAUAGACUUAAAUCCAUUU